UUACGCAAAAAUAAAUUAAGGACAAUUUCCUUAUCAAAAAGACUAAGGGUCGUUUGGAUGUGGAAAUUUGGAAACGUGGAAAUUUGCUUGAAUUUCCACAUUUUACAAAAGCAAGAAAUUGGUUGUGGAAAUUGAGUGAAAUUCACUACAACAAAUAUAGCCUUUUGUGACCAUUUUCAUUUAACUAAUUUUUUUUUUGGUCGGCGAAAAUUAAUUAUUAAUGACCAAUUAUAUUUUGGUAAUAAAACGUUUGAUGAAUUGGUUACUAACUAGAAAAAGAUUUUUUAUAACCAAAUUAAAAUUUAUACGACCAAAAAAAUUAGUAGCCGAAUGUUCAAUUCUUUUUCUAACCAAAACAAUUUGUUUAUCAUCCUUAAUGCUUUUUAAAGUAACUAAUACUUUUGGUCGCAUAAACAUAUUAAAAUGGUCACUUAUAAGAACAGAAUUUUUAUGAUCAAAACAAACUUUACAAAACUAAAAAUAUUGGUCAUAAAAUAUUAAAUACUUUUUCUGGCCAAAUAUAAUUGGUCAUAUUUUCUCCCAACUUACUAUUUCUAUUUUUUCUUUAUAAUGUCCGCACCGUUUCUUUUAAUGGAACCCAUCGCCUUUCUUUUUGGUAUAAAAACACAUCUGCUUUAUGUUCACUCUGUUUGGGAAAACCCAUCUCCUUCAAACCAUUCUUUUCUGUUCUCUCCUCAAGUAUCGACGUUGCCUGAAGAGUUGGGAGAUUCUAAUCUGAGGUGAGUAACGCCAUCGCAUUCACUCCAGGAGGACAUCGCCUGCAGGUUAGUAACGCCAUCGUUCCAAAACCUCCACUUCCUCUUCGAUUUGUACCGUAGUUGAAAUUCGAAUCUGAGCGGCGAAUCGUAUCUUCUUCUUUUCAAAACUCGAUCUAUCUGAGCGAAGACUCUAAUUCCUCUCGUCAUACUUCUGAUUAGAGUUCAGAUCGGUGAGCGGCUUGAAUCGCAUCUCCUUUUGGUUGAUUAUACUCAGAUUCGGUGAUUACUUCACUUUAUCGUCUUCGGUGAUUAUUUGCCAGGAUCGAUUUGUCUCACGGCGAGCCAUUAUUGUAUGGUCGUCUUCGUAUAUAUGUUUGUUAUGUAUCCUCUGUAAUUGGCUUCCCCGUAGGGAUUAUUUGACGAUAGAGUUUGGUCCAAAGACUUGUGAGCGAGUUGAUGGCUCUGUUUCUGUUUCUGAUUGUCAAACUGCAAUUGCACGAUUCAACCAAGACAAAAGUCGAUUCGUGUUCUUGUUAUCAACACGAUCUUGUGGCCUUGGCAUCAAUUUAGCUACUGCUGACACAGUUAUUCUGUAUGCUAGCUUAACUAAGGCUUCUCGUGAGGAGACAACGGAGGAAGCUCUUGAUCUUGCUGUUCAACGUGCCAAGUCGAAGGGGUUGUGCAAGACAGGGGAUUUUGUUGUAGCUCUCCACUAGGUCAGCACAGCUUCAGUGAUCAAGAUCAAAACGGUCAAGUAAGUGGUUUUAGUUACUUGGUACAGAGAGCAGCAGAUACUGCUGAUAAUUUGGGUUCAAGCAGUUGAGAAUUCAUUUGAGUUUCUGGUUCUUCUAACAAUUUAGAGUUAAAGGAACAUGGAUAGUUUGCUACAUUAGUUUCGAAAUGCAUGUAGUUUAGUAGUUGAACUUAUCUAUUAUUGCGGUAACUCAAUGAGAUAGAUAACCAUGUUUGGUCAAAUUGAACUAUGAACUGUUCCCGUUUAUGUCCUUUUAAUCUAAUCCAACUUUUGUUUCGAUUCGAUUAAUAUUUAGUUCAUAGAACUUCUGUGGACUAAUGUCGUGUGAGCUUGCUUCUUCUUCAAUUAUUGAAAGCGAAAGACCAACCAGGAACCAGGUCAAGAUAACCCCCCCCCCCCCCCCCCUAAAUUAGUGACUGGUUUUCUGCCGUCAUUUGCUUUUCUUAUGUGAUCAGUUACAAAAUCAUGGCUUACAUAAUUUUGAUCAUUUUCUGUAACAGAUUUUUGAAUGGGACCAGGAGGGAAACGUACGUUUGAGUAUCCCAGCCGAAGUCUAACACCCAGAGCUGGACAGAAACAUGCAGCUGAGUAUGCUAAUUCAUAUGCUAUGCAGUACAAGAGAAACAAGACAGGACAUAAUUCUAGGAAAGUUAACUCUCAACCUCAAGCUGCCGAAUUGAAUGUGGCUCCAACAGUGGAGGUUCCACUUACUGAUGGACCUCUUGGAGAUGAUGAAUAUGAGCAGCAUUUGGAGGAAGCACUUUCUGCCUCUGAAAUUGGUCUUACAGAUCAAAAUCGAAAGAAGAAGAAGGUUAGAGGUAUAACAAGAGGCUUGGAAACGGUGAAACUGGCUGCUGCCAUGGGGAAAGAAAAAUUUCCAAUUACAAUUGAUGUCUCACAAGGUCGACCAGUUAAUGGUGUCCAAUCUGCCAAACUUUCAAGUGAGCUUGGUUUGAUAAGUCGGGAAUACAUGGAUGAGAUCCCUAUCCGCUGGACUAAGGAUUUCAAGAAGAACCAUCUGCGUUCAGCUUAUGACAGACUAAAUAGAUAUUUCGAACAAGGGGCAGAAGAAAGGAGCUGGGUGAUCUCUCAAGCCAAAGUGAUUUCUUUGGCAGAUUUUAGUUUCUCAUAUUUUUGUAUUUUUUUCAAUGAAUUAGAACUGCUAUGAACUUAUGUAAGUUGGUAUUUGGUUGGAAAUAUAAUGUGACCAUUAUACCAUUAUUGUCCUAAAUUGGUUGCAUUACGUUAUGCUAAUAUAACCAAAUUUAUAGCCUUUCUCAACUAAUAUAUAUAUAUAUAUAUAUAACCAAAUUAGCAGUCAUAUUUAGAACAUUUUAUAACCAAAAAAAUGGUUACAUUUAGAACGUAUGGUUACCAUAAAACAUUGGUUGGAAAUAAUAUUUGUGACCAAUGAAAAUAGUUAUUGUUGAACAAAUAAAUUGGUUACAUUAUAUACUUUUUAAAACCAAAAUGACUAUUCAUAUUUUGAUUAUAUAGCGACCAUAAAAUAUUGGUAAGGAUAAGAGUUUCAUAACCAAAAAAUUUGGUCACUUAAUGAUAAUUACAUUAGCAAUGAAGAAUAGUUUUGUAACCAAAUUCUUUGGUUUUAAAUAAUUGCUAUUGUGACUUAAUCAUUUGGUUGGUAAAUUAUAUAUGAAUUGGUUGGUUUUCAUGUUAUUUGUGACCAAUCAGGUAUUCUUUUGUGACUAUUUUGACAGUUUUUUUGUUACCAAUUGUCUUGGUUGCAAAUUAAAAAAAUUUGUGACCAAUUGCGACUUUCGUCACAAAAAUACGAUGUAUUGUGACUAAACCGAAAAUUUGGUCACAAAAUGGUUUUCCUAACGCGGCAAAUAUUACCAAAGCUUCUACCAAAUUUUUUUGGUCACAACAUAGAAUUCGCGACAAAAAUUUCACAUUUAGCGACCGUUUUUAUUCGUCACAAAAGGCAGUUUCUGUUGUAGUGAUUCCAUUUUUGGGAAAUGGUUUAUUUUUGUGAGAAUUGGUGGUAUGGAAUUUUGAGGAAAUACAAGAAUGCCCUCUUUGAUUUAUAUACAAGGAGUGGUUCAUUACCAACUAUUGCUACUGUGUUUCUACUAACGACUAGUUGCUGCUACUAGCUACUUGUAAGUUGUAACUAACUCUGCUACUAUUUAAUAACCGCUGCUAACUACAAAAUCACAUGCCAAUUAGUGUGCAAGUACCAUUAAGACUUUGUCAAAAAAAGUACCCAUUAAGACGAGAUACCAUUUUAUACAUUUAUCUCCCAAAGAAAGCAAAGAUAAAGAGAGCAGCAUAACAAUCUGAACUAUUCUCAUCCACCAUCUGAUCAGAAACAAAGUAAUGGAAUCAAAUAAUUGAAACCAUAAUGCACUACUUCCCACUUCUCUGCUAUAAAUUUGGGCCACAGUUGACUCUGGUUUUUGUAGCAAACCAAGCCAUUUCUUUUAGCCUUGGAUCAUACAGCAACAAGAAAUGUGUAUCAUGGCUUCAAUGAAAUGCUAUCGACCUACUAAUCAUGAUCCAUGCAACCAGGCUAACCAGUCGCAGCACUCCCACAGACAAACUGACCAUGGCCAUGACAUGAUGAUGGUGCCAUCCCCUGCUGCUAACUGUUAUGGCUUCUGCUGCUAACUGCUAAUACUGCUACUAAUUAGUGAGAAGUAGACUUGUGCUGUUGUUUUUUCUGUUGUUUUGUGAAUGUCGAUCAAUUGCUAUGACAGAUAGUUCCAUGCAUGUAUUACCUGCCUUUUUCACAUAUCAUCACAUCAGUUGAUGUCCUGUUCACUUCCCAUUUUGUUUUCUGUUUUUUGUUGUGAAAAUAGGAAUCAAGAAACAAAUAGCAGAAAACAUGUUCACUUCUAAUUUCUAUUUUCGUUGGGAAACCAGAAUGCCAUAAAUGAGGUAGCUGGCGGAAAACAAUAAAAAGACGUUUUGGGG